UUUUUAGAACCUGAUGAGAAAAUAAUGGACCACAGAAAUCAUUCAGCAAUGACUGAGUUCAUCCUUGCUGGGCUCACAGAACGUCCUGAAUUCCAAAUACCCCUCUUCCUCCUCUUCCUAGGAAUCUAUGUGGUCACAGUCAUAGGAAACCUGGGCAUGAUCACACUGAUUGGACUCAGUUCUCACCUUCAUACGCCCAUGUACUAUUUCCUCAGCAGUUUGUCCUUCAUUGAUCUCUGCCAGUCCACUGUCAUUACCCCUAAAAUGCUGGUGAACUUUGUGACAGAGAAGAACGUAAUCUCCUACCCUGAAUGCAUGACUCAGCUCUAUUUCUUUCUUAUUUUUGCUAUUGCAGAGUGUCAUAUGCUAGCUGCAAUGGCAUAUGAUCGCUAUGUUGCCAUCUGUAACCCCUUGCUUUAUAAUGUUAUCAUGUCUUAUCACACCUGCUUCUGGCUCACAAUAGGAGUUUAUAUUCUGGGUAUCAUUGGCUCUAUAAUUCAUACAGGCUUCAUGUUGAAGCUCUUUUUCUGUAAGGUCAAUGUGGUUAACCAAUAUUUCUGUGAUCUCUUUCCACUCCUGCAGCUAUCCUGCUCUAGCAUCUAUAUUAAUGAAAUAUUGGUUCUGGGUCUGAGUACAUUCAACAUAUUUAUUCCUGCCUUAGCCAUCCUUGCCUCCUACAUCUUCAUCUUUAGUAGUAUUCUCCACAUUCGCUCCACUGAGGGCAGAUCCAAAGCCUUUAGUACUUGCAGUUCUCAUAUAUCAGCAGUUACACUCUUUUUUGGUUCCUUAGCAUUUAUGUAUCUGCAGCCAUCAAAUGUCAGACCCAAGGACCAAGGGAAAGUUUCUUCUGUGUUUUAUACUAUUAUUGUCCCCAUGCUCAACCCCAUGAUCUAUAGUCUGAGAAAUAAAGAUGUCAAACUGGCACUGAAGAAAAUUGUAGAAAGUCGAGAAUGCUUUUGA